UCAAUAUUCAGUGAGCAAUGAAGACAGAAUCACUUCAAUCGCCUCAAUGUCCACGUUUGAGGCGUUACAGUUAAAACGCGAGCGUGAACCGCUCUCUGGUCGUAACCUAACCUCAACGAAUUCAUGUGUGAUGUCCGUGCAUAGAUGGUUCACGAGUUUUUGAGGAUAUUAAAAUUGAUCACCGUUGGAUGCAUGGAUAGUUCCUUUAUAAAUGAAAAAUUAUAUGAUGCACGCCGAAUAUCUUUCAUACGAUCCUCCGUGACGCAUGUGAUGUUCCUUGAAAAGACGAUCGCAAGUAGAAAUAUUAAAUCUCAAAGUAAAUAAUUAUCGUCGUGCGCGAUGGAUACAGUGAACUUUAACGGAUUUUUACGAUCGUGCAUUCUGAGCACCUGGAAUCUCACGCGCUUGAUAAUUUGCUUUGUACAGUGGUGUACGAACAAGUUCGUACACGGUACGAGUAAAAAGCAAAACGUUGAAUUCAUCGAGAUUAUUCAUCGUAGCGAGAACUUUUUGAUAAUAAACAAGCCCUAUGACACAUAUAUAAAUAGCAACAAUCCCGACAAGAAGAACACUCUUCAGCUGAAACUGAGAGAGAUGCUGCCGGAUUUAGUCAAUCCAAAGUUGUGCCACGAGUUUCACUUUGUGCAUCGAUUGGAUUAUCCCACGAGUGGCAUUAUAUGCAUAGCGCUGAACAAAAGAGCAGCCAGAGUGGCGUCGUGUGCGUUUGAACAUCAAAAGGUGCAAAAGUUUUAUUUGGCUCUGGUGCACGGCCAUGUACACGAGCCGUACAUUGUAAUCGACAAGGCUAUUGGUUGGUAG